AUGAUUACCCAAAACAAAUGUUAUUACAAGCAUAUUUUCGCUUUACCAAUAUUAACACUAAUUAGCAUCACAUUAACUUCAGUUUCAGCUCGUUUAUUUCCUAAUCCAUCUGAAAUCCCUACAUGGAUGACUAACCACGCCCACCAGGCGCGUGGGACGGAUACCGAAACUUCACCGGCUGUUCUCGUGGCAAAACAUACAACGGACUCUCCAAACUCAAAAACUAUUUUCAACAUUUCGGUUACAUCCCCAACGCGCCACCGUUAA